UAUUGUUUUGUAACUAUAGUUUGUGAAAAAGACUAGUUUUAUAGUUUGGGCCAAGUAAACCUUAGGUAUCACUUGUUUAAAGUUCCAAUGUAAAUAAAAUGAUUAAGUUUUGGAAAAGUGCAGCAAAAGGUAAAACAGGUUGUCCUGUUAGACCCCCUGAGGAAAGUUUUGUAAAAACUCCCCAAUUCAGCGGUAUUGUAUUUGAAUUGGUAAAUGAUUUUGAUGAUGAUGUUACUGGGGUUUUUGAAAAAAAAUCUAAGCUGUGUUUGACAUUAAAAGAAAUACUUAAAGAUAAAAAAGCCAUCAAAAAUUUUAUGAUGUUCAUGGAUUCUAUAGGAAAUCAAUUAGUCAUAAAAUGUUGGCUUGAAUUAGAAAACUUUCGUCUGAAAUUGCUCUCUUGGAAUUCUAAUAAUGAGGGAAGUCAUGUUAAACUAAGCCACACUAAAAGUUUAGACAUUCACUGUACUUGUGAUAAUUUUAAAAGCGACUUGAGUGGUUUAUCAUCAAAUAAUUGGAGAGCAAGUACAAGUAAUCUCAAAAAACUUCACAAAAUACCUACAAGAAAUUCUUGUGGAAAUUUAAAUGACAACACAGUAUUUCAAGAAUCCUGUGAUUUUUGUGAAAACAGACAAUAUGUGGACUUAACCCAAGAAGCUGUUAAAUUAUUUAAGAAAUAUGUGGCAUUGGAAGCACCUUGCCAAUUAGAAAUACCGGAUGCUUUACGAAAGGUGCUCAUAUCAAAUAUAUGCCAACCAGAAGGGCAAAUAAAAGAAGACUGCUUUAAACCUGUUCAAGACUAUCUGUUACAUCAAAUGGAGACAAAAUAUUUUUAUGAAUUCAAAAAGAAUUCUUUGUACACAAAAACACAAAUUGAUAUUUUAACCAGUGGAUGCAUAGAAUUGAAAGAUAUUCUUUAUAACGAAAAUAUAUUAUUUUACUUUACAGAAUAUUUAGAGCAAGAAUCAAGUAGUAUAUUACUUGAAUUUCUUAUAGCACUUACCCAUUUUCGAGAUAACCUGAUAAAUAGUAACACAAACCCUGAACAAGCACAAGCUGAUGCAAUUAUAUUGUAUGAUAAAUAUUUUUCUCUACAAGCCACUAGCCCGAUUGGUUUUCCGACAGAAAUCAGGUUACAAACUGAAAGCAACAUAUGCAGAGAGGGUGGACCCCUCGCUACAUGCUUUGAUGUACCAUAUGUUAUUGUUUAUAAAACAUUAAACAAUCAUGUAAAGGCUUUUUUAGAAUCUGAAAUAUAUUAUACAUAUCUGUCAGAGAUGGUGAAAUCUGUAGAUCUACUGUCACCAACUAGUUGCAAGUCUCAAUCAGACUGCAGUAGUGAAUAUAGUAUAAGUACUCAAAAUACAUUAUUAGCGAUGGGAGAUCCCAUUUAUAGGAAAAAACGUAAUCACUCUGUACCUGACAUGACAAUAGAUUCUCAUCAACUGUAUAAUGCUGAUGCGUUAUGGCAAAGAAAAAAACAUGAUGGACUAAGUUUAGGUAGAAUAAAUAGUUUAGGGAGGUUUGAAUCUAAAUUGGAACCAGAUCCUGAUAAAAAAGAUAAGUCUAUGCUUAAGAAAAUGGUAAGUAAAUUCGUACCAACAAGUACUUCUCGAGUGGAAGAAGAAAUGGCUUGGCAAAUAGCUCAUAUGAUUGUUAAAGAUGUAACGGAUCUAACAAUGGCUCCACCAGAAAAUGAUCAUGAUGAUUAAAUGUGAUAGUUAAGAUAAAAUUUUAUAUUUAAAUGUAAAUAUCCAAAUAAAUGUGUAUUUAAUACCUAUAA